GAGAGCGAGUGCGACGGUGAACGGCACCAGAGCAGCGAGAGACACGGGUUAGCCGUAAGUUCUCGGGUUUAGCGGUAAAUGUACAGUGUGAGUUGUCGUCGGUGAAUAAAGUUGUUUACCAACUGCUGAGGAUAAAGUGAAGGGGGUUAGCCCCGAAGUUAGCGUCAACUUCGGCCCUGGAGGAAACUCUCCCCUGUGCUUCCCGACUGCGGUCUGGGAGCCGAACAGGAAUGGUUAACAACUGUCAUGCAUUUUAGUGUGGGCUGUAGGACACAUUAUAAAUGCUCCAUUUGAUCAGAGGAAGCAGCUCUUUAUGAAACUGUGCUUUCCAGUGUCAUCUUUCACCAAACACUAUAUUGAGGUCUCGCAGCACUUCGGAGGAAUUUUGGAAUCAAAACACAACAGUUAUACAUAAAGCUUUGAGGUUCAAACUCCACCCGCCCGGCGCUCUCUAUAACAAAAUCGAGCGCACAGUGGGUGUAGCAGUGACUUUCACUUUUGAAAUUUACAUCUGGAUCAGCUCUUCCUCCGACACAGACCUGUUAGUUGUCUCUCCACAUUUACAACAGCUGCAGUUAAACUGACACAUCUGUCCUCAGAGGUACAAAGAUGAACUGCUGUGGUCUACUAACUGCACAGAAGGAACCAGUUCCUCUGAAGAGCGUGGAGGUGGAGCUGGAGGUCAGGGACCACGUGGCUACAGUGGUCUCCACUCUGAACUAUGAGAACAAGGAGGACAAACCACUAGAGGCUGUGUUUGUCUUCCCUCUGCCUGGAGAUGCUGCUGUCUGUCAUUUCAGUGCUACGAUUGGACAGACACAGAUUGUAGCUGAGGUGAAGGAGAAACAGGAGGCUCAUGAGGAGUAUGAUGAUGCUUUGAGCUCCGGUCAGCAGGCCUUCCUAUUGGAGGAGAGUGAGCAGAGUCCAGAUAUAUUCUCUCUGAGUGUGGGCAGUCUGCCUCCAGGAGAGAGCGCCUCCAUCAGGCUGGAGUAUGUCACUGAGCUGGCUGUGCAGGCUGAUGACGGGCUGAGGUUUUGUCUGCCUGCGGUGCUCAACCCUCGCUACCAACCUCAGGGAAGUGGAGGUAGUGAAGGUGCCAGUGUCCAGGUGACCUCUGUUCCAGCCUCUCUGGUGCCCUACAGUCUGUCUUUCUCUGCCCGAGUGUCCUCUCCUCGUCCAGUCUCUAAAGUAGAGUCCAACUGUUCCCUGGACCCUCUCCAGUACCUCAACCCAGAGCAAACCCAGACCACGGUCAAGUUGGCUGCAGGACACAAAUUUGACAGAGAUGUUGAACUGCUGAUUUAUUACAAAGAUGCCCACCAGCCCAUUGCUGUGGUGGAGGCAGGACAGGCCUCUGCCAAGCCUGGCACUCUGAUGGGUGAUCCAGUAGUGAUGCUGAGCCUGUACCCUGAGUUCCCCCAGGCUGUGAUGUCUUCAGUCGCCUCAUGUGGAGAGUUUGUGUUCUUAUUGGAUCGUUCUGGAAGUAUGGAUUCUCCUAUGGAUCACAGCAAGAGACAAGAAAGUCGCAUUGGCAGUGCCAGGGAUACUCUGCUGCUGCUGUUGAAGAGCUUACCAAUGGGCUGCUAUUUCAACAUAUACAGCUUUGGGUCCAGGUUUCAACACAUCUUCCCUAAGAGUGUGGAGUACAGCCAGAAGACCAUGGAAGAGUCACUGAAGAAAGUUGAAGAGAUGGGUGCUGAUCUGGGUGGAACAGAAAUCCUUGAGCCCCUCAAACACAUUUACAGCCAGUCCUGCAUUCCCAAUCAACCUAGACAACUGUUUGUCUUUACUGACGGAGAGGUGGAGAACACCAAAGAAGUUAUCAGUCUGGUGAAGAAGAACUCAGGUUCCCACAGGUGUUUCUCUUUUGGGAUUGGGGAAGGGGCCAGCUCUGCCCUCAUCAACGGCUUGGCCAAGGAAGGAGGAGGUCACGCUCAGUUCAUCACAGGGACUGACAGGAUGCAACCCAAAGUGAUGCAGUCGCUGCGAUUUGCUCUGCAACCAGCUGUGGUGGACAUCUCAGUCACGUGGGAUUUGCCAAAGGGAGUCUCUGUUACUGUCCUUUCUCCACCAAUCACAGCCCUUUUCCAGGGUCAAAGGUCACUGAUUUAUGCCCAACUCACUGGAGAGAGUUCAAAAGCAGCAGAGAGCUGUGUGAUGGUAAAAUACAGCCUGGCAGGUCAUCCCUCUCAGAACCAGCUCCACUUCAGUCUCAAACCUGCAGAGGACACUGGAUUGACAGUCCACAGGCUGGCUGCUCGGACUCUGAUUCGCUCCCUGGAGAUGGAGGAGAGAGAGCAAAGAGGAGAGCAAGAUAAAGGAGUGAAGAAGAAGGUGGUGGAGUGCAGUGUCCAAUCUGGAGUGAGCAGUGUCUUCACUGCCUUCAUUGCCGUCAACAAAGGGGACAGUGAGGCGGUUCAAGGACCUCUGGUGCGCAGAAAUGUUCCAACACCCAAGUAUUUAAUGUGUAGUGCUGUUGGCUAUGCAGAUUGUUACUAUGAACUUGGAUACGAACUACAGUGCUGCUACACAGAUUGUCUUUCUCUUGAGAACGAUGGUUAUGACAAUGCUUUGGAACUUGACGAUGAAGAAGAAUGGGGAGAGACAUUCAGUGUCAAAGAGUUGUCUGCUGGAAAUGCACAAGUCGCUGUUCCUAAACAAACACCCAGAGACCCUCUGCUGCAGCUGGUCUCCCUCCAGAAGGCGUCUGGCUGCUGGGUCCUAGAUUCAGCUCUGGCUGCUGCACUGGGAAAGACCUGUGAGGAGGUGGAGAACACAAAACCUUCAGCAAUGAACCAGGAAGUGUGGGCCACCAUUCUGGCUCUGAUCUGGCUUCAUGGUUUCAAAGUGGAUGCUCAGGAUGAGUGGCAGCUUCUGGCUAUGAAGGCUGUGUCAUGGCUCCGUGCUCAGAAUGCAUCAUGUGUGACGGAGUGUGUGGAAGCUGGAAACGCUCUGUUGGGUUGCAACGUGCAGAAAGACGUCAUGGGGCUCUGAGGUUGUCAUUAAAGUGGCAACUCCCUCAGGAUUGAGACACAGAAGCAGAUUUACUUCAUCCUACAACUGUUACAUUUCAUAUAACUCUUUUCACCUUUAACUUCAUAAUAUUAUGUGCCUUAGCAUAUUUACAGUGUUUCAUCUAUCCAGGAUCAGCCAUGUAACAAGACAAAUAACUGUUUUAAUGUUUCUUUGUGUAUGAAAUUGUUUUACUUAAAACAAACUGAGUUGGAUCUUGAACAUUCAGGCACACAUAAUAUACCAACAUAUUUCUCCAUGCAGUUUGAGACCUAGUAAAAGUAAUGUGUGCACCUAAGAUGAAUCUUAUUUGAAUUAAUUUACAGUUCCCCACUACUGAAAACCAUGUUUUACUUAUUCAUCUUUAACUGUGCAGAGUGACGUGAUUCUAGUUUGACACUAGAAAGCUGUUUUCAAGCUUCUCCACCAGGCUGUUGAGUUAAUCUGGAUCCAGCAAGUUUUGAGUAGAAGUAGUAGAAGAAAACCAAAUCCUUUUCUGAUGCAGUUUAUGUAUGAAGUUUGUUUUUCAGCAGAAGAGAGAAAGUGCUGCCAGACUGUAGAGAAUGAACAUGUCUUUGUUGUUUUUGUUGUAAAGCAGAGAAAUAAAACCACUGCGAGUUAAUCUGCA